AUGAGUUCCCCCGAGGAACAGGCCUUCCGGCUGCUGACCGAGUACGCAAACGGGUUCAUGGUCUCCCAGGUUCUGUUUGCCGCCUGCGAGCUGGGCGUCUUUGACCUUCUCGCGGAGGCCCCGGAGCCCCUGGGUGCGGUGGCUGUGGCUGCACGACUGGGCACCAGCUCCCAUGGGACGGAACUCCUGCUGGACACCUGCGUGUCCCUGAAGCUGCUUCAGGCCGAAACCAGGAGGGGAAAAGCCUUGUAUCAAAACACGGAGCUCUCCAGCACCUACCUGGUCAGGGCCAGUCCCAAGUACCAAGGCAACAUGCUGCGGUACCUGUCCAGGACGACGUACCUGUGUUGGGGCCACCUGGCCCAGGCUGUGAGGGACGGCAAGAACCAGUAUCCAGAGGUGUUUGGGGUUCCCUCGGAUGAGCUCUUCACCGCGAUCUACAGAUCCGAGGGCGAGCGGCUGCAGUUCAUGAGGGCUCUGGAGGACGUCUGGAGCGUCAGCGGGAGGCACGUGCUGGCCGCCUUUGACCUGUCCCCGUUCCCGCUCAUCUGCGACGUUGGCGGUGAGCGUUGGCCCCACAGGUGGGGCUGUGUCUUGGGGCUAGUGUGCUCCCUAGUGUCCCCUGGGGAGGGAAGACGACUGGGCUGCUCUGGGGCUCUGGCCAAGGAGUGCACCUCUCUGUACCCCGGGUGUCAGGUCACCGUGUUCGACAUCCCCAAGGUGGUCCAGACGGCAAAGAAGCACUUCUCAUUCCUGGAGGAUCCGCGGAUCAGCUUCCGUGAAGGAGAUUUCUUUAAAGACCCGCUUCCGGAGGCAGAUCUGUACAUCCUGGCCAGGGUCCUGCACGACUGGACCGACAUGCGGUGCUCACAGCUGCUGGCGAGGGUCCAUCGCGCCUGCAAACCAGGCGGCGGCGUCCUGGUGAUCGAAAGCCUCCUGGAUGCAGACGGACGGGGCCCGCGGACCACGCAGCUGUACUCGCUGAACAUGCUGGUGCAGACGGAGGGCCGGGAGCGGACCCCCGCCCAGUACCGGGCGCUCCUGGCUCCCGCCGGCUUCCAGGACAUCCAGUGCAGGAGAACGGGGGGCAUUUAUGAUGCCAUCCUCGCCAGGAGGUAGCUCCCCGUGGGUCUGCAGCGACCGAUCCAACCG